AUGCCUCGUGAAAUUAUCACGGUCCAAGUUGGGCAAUGUGGGAACCAGAUUGGCUUUGAGUUUUGGAAGAAGCUAUGUGCUGAGCACGGGAUUGGAAGUGACGGAGUGUUGCUCGAUUGCGCAGAAGAAGGCCUAGAUCGGAAAGACGUUUUUUUCUAUCGCGCGGAUAACAGUCAUUUCGUUCCACGCGCUGUUCUGUUUGAUUUAGAGCCUCGCGUCAUCGAAACUAUUAAAGAGUCCGAAUACAGCGAUUUCUAUAAUCCCGAAAACAUAUACAUCGGCUCCAAUGGAAAUGGUGCAGGAAACAACUGGGGCGUGGGCUACGAGCAGGGCCGAGCCUUCAGAGAGGAAACGAUGGAUAUUUUAACGCGCGAAGCUGAAAAUAGCGACAGUCUUGAAGGUUUCAUGCUAAUGCACAGCAUUGCCGGCGGAACAGGUUCCGGCAUGGGUUCCUUCCUCCUCGAGAACCUCAACGAUGCAUUUCCGAAAAAGAUCAUCCAAACCUAUUCCGUGUUCCCCAACCUCGACAGCGGCUCCGACGUCGUGGUGCAGGCGUACAACUCGAUCCCAACAGCGCGCCGCCUGAUCCAACACGCAGACGCGGUGGUCGUGCUGGACAACGCUUCGCUGAAUAGUCUCGCCACCGAUCGACUCCAUCUCUCCAACCCCAGCAUUUCCCAAGUCAACUCGAUCGUGUCGACGGUCAUGGCGGCAUCGACCGCGACGGUUCGCUAUCCGGGGUACAUGCAUAACGAUAUGACAGGAUUGCUCGCGACGCUGAUUCCGCAGCCUCGCCUGCAUUUCCUCCUCACGUCCUACACGCCGUUCUCUCUGGACGCCUCUGCGCAAACCGUGCGGAAAACCAGCGUGAACGACGUGAUGCGAAGGCUUCUGCAGAACAAAAACUUGAUGGUGAGCGUCAACACGCGAUCGGGACGCUACAUCUCCGUGCUGGAUAUUAUUCAGGGAUCGGUGGAUCCGAUGGAGGUACAUAAAAGCUUGCAGCGAAUUCGGGAGCAAAAUAUGCAGAAUUUCGUGGCAUGGGGACCAGCAUCGAUCCAGGUGGCGCUGGCUCGGUCGAGUUCGUUCUUAUCGACGACACAUCGCGUAACGGGACUGAUGAUGGCGAAUCACACGAGUAUGGGGACGCUGUUCACGAAAUUGAUUCGGCAGUUCGAUCGAUCGUACAAGCGAAGAGCGUACUUGCAUAAUUACACGGAACUGGAAGUGUUUAAAGACCUAUCGGAAUUUGAGGAAAGCCGAAAUGUGAUGAUGGGCACAAUCGAAGAGUACAAAUCAGCGGAGGGUGUUGACUAUAUUCAUUGCCUUGUUUGUUCAGAGAAAACAGAAUCACAUGCAACUAGAGCUCAUAUGGCCGAGCGUUGUUUGGAACGGGCAUACCUCACUGGAUAG